UACGAGCGGACAAUCGCAAGUCGUCGAGUGUCGGAGGAAGAAGUCAGCCAAAUUCUGAAAGCAUGUCCGCUUCCAGGUUCGAGGGCUGACCUCGACCUCGCGAAGGAUCUCAUGGUGGAAAGAAAAAAUCCCAGUGAACCCGAUCAGUCAGAAAAUCGUGAAAAAAGGAGAAAAGAAAAAUGGGCAGUGGCAAGUCGAAGGGCAAGGGCAGAGGCAGGAGAUAUCCAGGACGAGCACAGAGGUCUCCAGAGUCCCAGCAAGGAAGAAGUUCCCAGGACUUCGACGAGGUCUACGAGCAGGACCUCCGACUUCUCCGGAGAACCAUCGUCAGGGACCCCGAGGGCUUCAUCCUGAACAAUUUGAUGAUGUGUGUUCAGUUUUUCAAGAAUUACGAAGAAGAGAUCUCGCACAUACAACAGACAUUGGUCUCAUCCCGAGAGACGGAACUGAACGAACGUUUGCCGCCCUUGAAGCACACCCUGCUUCCGGAUGUUCUUCAGGAGCAAGUAUCCCAGAACGUGAAGUUCAUAUCUAUGAGACAAACUUCUCGACCCACGGAGGAACCUCUGCAGCCCGUCAGAAUUUACGUCGUAAUGGAUAAUGUUGAAGUCACCGAGGAAGUGUAUGGUCCACAUUACAGCAGCGUAAACGAUGCCGUCACUUAUAACAUGCUCCUGAAACCCAGCGAACAUCAGGGAUACGUUCGUCUCCAGCGAUUAGAAGUGACGCCCUCGAAGAAGAAUCCCGUAGCCGAGGACGACGUGGACCUCUCCUCCAUAGCCGAAGACGGCGACGAGCCCUACAGCGACAACGACAGCAUGUUCAACAUGAAGUCCAGCCUAGGAAAAGCACUUCCCAUCCGCAGUAAGCGAAUAACGGAGUUGUCCAAGUCCACCCUGAGCAGAUCCCUCCCGGACCUAGGGUGCGAAGAAACCGAGGAAAGCCUCUACGACAGAGCAGAGUCUCACGCGAGUCUGCCAAUACCCCGAUACCCAAAAAGACCAAAAGAAGAAGACAACUACAGCGCUGGGCCACGAUCUUCAAAGUCCCUCAGCUCCGGGUCAGGAUACUCCAGAGGAUCCCACAACAGGCCGAGAUCUUCGAAGGCUCAUCCGAAGAACAACCCUGGCCAGCAGACUCCGAACGAGAGUCCUGCCGGCAGCACAAGUUCAGGAUACAGAUCUGGCAGCUACACCGUGGACAGUGACAGCGAUUGUGGCUAUGCGACCAUAAAAAACAACCCCAUAAAGCUUGCCAAACCCGGAGACACGCCAUCGGAUGCGGAGAUCCCUCCGAACUGCUUCAAGAAACUGACCUACACCAAGGAUGGGAAGAUCUACGACCCUAAAGAAGAGCGAAGGCAGAUGCUGAACAACAAGCAACGCAGGAUUAAGGUCGCCUUGAAGCGCUACAACUAUGACGUGUGGUACUGGAACAGUGGUCAGUUCAUGAAGCACUUCAUUGAUCUUUUUGUAGAUCAUUUGGCAGCGGAUCUAGGGUUCGACCAGGAGACCGUGUCCUAUGUCGAGGGCCAUGGUGCGGUGAUCUACUGCGACAACAUAGACGUCUUCAAGACGGCAAAGUACGCCAGCGUGGAGUCCUACGAGGUGAUCCCUGGAGUCUGGACCCAAUGGCCAUCCUGCGCUCAGGAAUGGUUGUACAGACCUAGGGGAACAUGGCCCACCUAUGAGAUCAUCGACAAGAUCAAGGAAUUCGGCUGUUAUGCCGUACCCGAAGGCUUCGUUCCGAAGAAGGAGGUGAAUGCCCAAGAGGACCUCGAAUGGCAGCUGACUUUCCCGGCUGCUGAGAGGUUCCUGGAGACUUGUCUGAGCAGUUCGCAAGUCAGGGUGUACCUGAUCGCUCUGAUGUUGCUGAAGAUAUUCAUCAGGCCCGUCAACUCGACCCAUGGGCUGGCCACUGCUCAUAUUAGGAAUCAGCUGUUCUGGCUGGCAGAAGAAGAUGACAGACCCUCCAGGUGGCCGGAGAACAUGACCGGAGAGUGUCUUCUGAAACUCCUGAAUUCUCUCUAUCAUGCUAUCAGUAGGAACGAGCCCACCCUUCCGGACUACUUCAUCAAGGAGAAGAACCUUUUCCAAAAUAUCCCCGACGAGUACCUCCUGCACAAUCAGAAACAACUGAAGAGGAUCAUCGAGAACCCCGUGAUGUAUGUCUUCCAUGCCAUGGAGAAUAUACGCCACAAGAGCGAUAAGUUCUUCCCCAGGUUGGACUACGAGAAGCUUUUCCGGAUAUUGACGCAGGAUUCGGAGGAUGCUCUAAUCUUGGUUAAUCCUGCUCUUGCCAGGCAAAUCCCAAAGCCUUUGGAUAAGGUAAACGAUUACACCGCGUAUGACAAGGAGUAUGAUCACCCUGGAGGGUUCUGGGACAAUGUGAAGUCGAAGAAGGACCAGCAAUACGUCGACUCCAGGAAACCCGUGACUCACAAGACUCUUAUCAAUCCAAAGAAGGCUCACGACUCCAUCGUUGAAAUCUCGGUUCGCUGCGCAGAGUUGGAGGGACCAAGGUUGAGUGCCUUGUUGGACUUCUUCAUCAAGCACUUCAUAAAAAUGGCAGAGUGUUGCCACCAAUAUAGGGCUAGUCAACAAAAAUCGGUAUACCUAAGCCAGGCCGAUCUCCUAUCAGUUUUGCUGUCGGAGUACCCUCGGUUCAAGGACGACGCGAAGGCGUAUCGGCAGAAGAUUCGCGCCUUGAAGAGGAAAGCCAUCGGCUCGAAAUCAGUUAACGAGGCUCCGGAAACUCCGAGGAGGAACAUAGAUCCUCCGACAUUCAGUCUCCCCCUUAGAGAACGGUUCACCAAAGAAUCUCUUGACCGAGUCCCCGUGACUCUGAACAUGAACAAAGGAUCGAAGGAGUACGACAUCGAGAGUACGAGCGGCUACGGGUACCGGUCGCAAGUUGCCAUUGUUGAGGAAAAAGUAGUCAAAGCAGCCGUCCACAAGGAGAGUCGAUUAGAAGAACAUGAAUCCAGCCUUCCGAAAACCAGAAAAACUCCUCUGGAAGAUAAAGACGCCUCGGAGAUGGGCCCGACAGGAUCCAGAAGAGUCGUCUUCGAGGACAAAGACGGUGGUUCCAAGGCUGAAGAGGCUAAAAGUUCUGAAGAGUUCGGAAUAACGAGACCUAGCGAGCCAGAAGACGCAUCUUCUGCAAAGAAGCCACAUACAGUGUCCAUAGCAAAAGGCGAGAAGGAUUCAUUCCUGACCGAAACGACAUACAUCUAAUUAAAAAUAAAAGCGCAGCCACCCAUCCGCGUGAUCCGCUCGUUAGAUUGGACAUUCCCCGAAUUUGAUCGGUGUCACUGUACAUACAUAUAGAACUCUUGUAAAUAGUCGC